AUGUGGGUUGAGAGUAUCAAAAAUCUACCAGAGGAUGUUGUCAUCCGCUGUCGUUGUGCAUUGUCAUUCUCUGUCAUUGUGCAUUGUCAUUGUCAUCAUGCAUCGUCUGCUGGGGCUGAUCCACAUCAACUGCCAAAGACCUUCAACUGCAAGGGGGGAGAUGACAAGAGGAACUCACCACCUCAGAACACCAAAGGUAAUGAGAGACAACAGCGUCUGGUUCAAACAAAUGUAAACCAAUCCACUGAACAUGUAGGACUUAAUGACACAAACGUGUUAAUGUCCAAAUUGCUUCCAUUUGUUUCUUGUGUCCACAACACCAAUGUACCUUUGCAUCCACCACUGUUGAUGCUUAUGCCCACUGCCGUCUCUACUUUUGUCACGGCCAUCCUCUUAACUUCACACUGCAUUAUUUGCUCAGACAUAUAUGAAUACAUAAAACUUAAUGAUGCGAAGAUGUUAUUGUCCAAAUUCCUUUCUGACAUUAUUGGUUUCUGUAUACUGAACUUGAAUCCAGAUGAUAUCACAUGGUCAAAAACAAAUGCAAACAGACCUACUGCGCAGGAGGAUCAUUCUGAAAUGAGGCUAAAUGAUCAUUCUGAAAUGAGGCUAAAUUCAAAAAUGAAUGCAAACAACUUUACCACCAAGGAGUCCCUACCUAGCUCUGCCACUUCUGGUCCAAAUGACAUGGUUUUUCUUGCAGGUUUAAAGUAG